CCAGCAAUCCGAGACAUUUUACUCCCGCGGUCCGCGAGGUCAGUAGUUUCUUCAGGUUCUACUGUUCAUGCGCUAUGGCGUCAGAUUUCAUGUAAACAUGGAGCGAAGUAGAUUUCCGCGGAGGAAUCGAGUUGAUUAUAAAGCACUAAAUGUUCUUUCUACAGUGGAUUUAGAAGUUCAUUUGAAAGGAAGGAGAAAAUUUAAAAGCGGAUCUAAAGUUUAUUUUGUGGAGAGACUUAUCAGCCGGCGAAGAUUGAAGAACGAGGACUUUGAAUACCUAGUAAAAUGGAAGGACUGGCCAUUGUGGACAAGCACGUGGGAGCCUUCGGCUCAUUUGAAUGAGCAUCUUAUCAGGGCAUACAGCAACCCCACUGUUACCGUGGAAAGACUACAGAGCGCAUCAGUUGCAUUUCUGGAAGGCAUUCUUUCAAUCCUAAAAUCGAAUGCGGUUAAAGUUCUUUAUUCCACUGAAAUUAGAAUGGAUCAUGAUAUUGUGAGAUACGUUUUUAAAGGAAAAGGUAAAAGAGCAGAAGACGGAGUUAGUAUACUCUAUGAAAAAAAUGAUUUUACUCGAUUUGAACUUCCACCAUAUUGGUACUAUUAUUUCAAUCAACUUGGACAAGGAAUAGCAGUUGACUUUCCUGUUAAGUUAAAAACUGUCCUUAACAAUUCAAAAAAACGUUACGUUUUAUCCAGUGGUCAGGUCAAAAUUGCUCCAAAUUUUCCAGUUGAAAAAGUUAUGAUAUAUGUCAACAGGAAAGCAUGCGAUUGUAAAAACAUUUAAUUUAUCUUA